ACAGAACAUGAAAACUAACGCUCACAUAAAUAAGACAGCCAUAUAUGCACACACAUAAAAACAACACAACUUCUUCAGAAUAUUGGCAUCCUGUGAAUCACUUUAAACCUUUUUUAUCCUGAUGGAGGACAGUAGCACAAACUUGUUUCCUAUUGCUCUUAAGUGGAGCUUGGGAUUGGAAAGACUGAAGGAACUGAAGAACAAACUGGUUGCGUAUUUUCAGAGCAAGAACAAGUCUGGUGGCGGAGAAUGUGUGUUAAUGGAUAUGGACUGCAGCCAUGGUUACAUCCUCAUACACUUUAAUCAAGAGUCAGUAAGGGACAGAGUGCUCCAAAACCAGUUCCAUGUACUGCAGUUACCAAAUGGAGAAGAAAUACAGCUGAAUGUAACUUUGCCAGAAGCAAUAAAUCCGAAAGGAGAUACUGGGAUAGUAGGAGAAGCAACAGCAGAUCCCAAGAACAGAUGCACUCUGCAAAAUCAAGGCUCUGCUUCUACAGAAGAGCCGUCAGAUGUGGUCAAUAAUACAACUCAGGAGGUUGUUAUUGAGAAUAUCCAGGAAAGGAGCACACCUGAAAUGUUAAAUCUGUUAUUGGAAAAUGUAUGUGAUUUAACUGAGGGUCCAGAUUUCCACACUGAAAUGAUCCCUGAGAGGUGUUUGGCUGUGGUCACAUUCAAAUGCCAUAUUGGUAUCCCCACUUUCAUUAACUCAUUCUCCAACCACCACAGGGUGAAGGAACUCAACCUGACAACAAAGCAACUGAAAGAGACUAAAAGCAUUAGAGUUGAAAAUUUACCUCCAAACAUAUCAAAAUAUCAUCUGGUUAUCUACUUUGAAAGCAAAAAGAGUGGAGGAGGCGAUGUGAAAGAGGCUGAACUUCUACAAGAGGAGGAGGCCGCUGUUGUUACUUUCUGUGACAGAGGAGUUCUAAAGACUGUGCUGAAAAAGCAGCAUGUGUUUGAAAAGAAGCUGCUAUCUGUGUAUCCCUACCAUCCAUCUUUGGGCAUAACACUUUAUGGGAAGAAUGGACCUUCUUUAAAAAUGCCCACACCUGUUGAGCAUGAUAUGUGCCCAUAUAUACUGGAAUUUAUCCUGAGAGAUGAAGACAUAAAGUCCAACAUAGAUAAGAAGAUGGCAUGUCAGUAUUGUGAAAUCAAGUGGCCAGAACUAGGCUAUCCAAAUUCUGUUGUAAAACUUUGUAUUUCCAACAACAAAUCUACAUAUGUCAGAACCAUGGCAAAGAUUGUAAGGACAUGGAAAGCAAAUGUGUCCAAGGAAUUCUCUUCAUUUAUUUCAGUUUACAGAUCAGUUGAGUACAAUGUGAAUAAAUCAGUUUGGGAAGUCAUUAAAAAAGAAGUCUGCAAUCCAUUGUAUGCACAUAUUUUGAUCAAAACUGUGUUGGAUAAAGAAAAGGUUUUCCUUGCAGGUUUUUCAAAAGACAUUGCUAAGGUAGAAAAUAUAUUUCAAAAACUUGUAGAAAAUACAAGUAAUGAAAUUGAAAGAAAAAAUAAAAGCAUAGCAACAAAUGUGCAUCUGUCCCCAGCACUCUAUGAACUUAUGAGCAGAAAUGAUCUAGGUAACACUGUCUUGGAUGUCUCUUCAGAUAUAAGCAUGAGCUACGAUGUAUCAGCAAAGUGCAUCAAGCUUUAUGGUCCAAAAGAGGAUGUUCUCAACGCCAAAUGCAUAAUACUAAAUAUGAAACAAGAACUUAAAUCAAAAUCCAUUCAAAUAGACACUCAGAUAAAAGAGUUCCUGUAUUUUACAGAUAAUGAUGAGAUGUCACGCCAUCUCCUCCUAAAUCACAAUAUUUAUGCCAUGUUUCAGAUUGAUUGUGACACUGUUACAUUAACUGGUUUAUCUAUAAAAGAUCUAUCGGAGGCAGAAAAAAGAAUUAGGAAGGAUUUGUCUUUUCAAUGUGUUUCUGUUCAAGAAAAGAGUAUAAUGCAAAGUGCAGAAUGGAAAAACCUCACUGCAUAUUUACAUGACACAUUUAAUUCUGAGACGUUUACUGUUCUUAUUGAGGAAGAUGAAAACCAGGUGGUUAUAGCUGGUCUUGCUUCAGCAGUAAAAAAUACCUACAAGCAACUUCAAGAUUUUCUGGAUAAAAACGCUGCAGUGCAGAAGGACAUUGAGAUGGAUUCUGAAGCAAUCAUGCAAUUUAUUAAAGAAGAAAGACAAAUGGUUUUGGAGACAAUUGGAAAAAGGGUACAUUUUGAAAUAAAAGGGAAAACUCUGUCCUUGAGUGGCCCUCAGCAGUAUGUGCAAGAGGCUACCACCACCAUAAAAGAUAUUUUGUCUUCACUGUAUUCUGAUACUCUAGUUAUUAAAAAACCUGGAGCUAAGAAAUUCUGUUUGACCAAUGAAGACAUGUAUGCAGCUAAAGCUAAGAAGGAUUAUAAAUGUGUGAUACAUUUGCAGAAGGAAGAGAAUCAUCAAUUAACGACUGCAUCCACAGAGAAUCUUGAAGCAGAAUUUGGAGAUCAAAAUAUGAAGUAUACAACAGACAUUGAAGACAAUGUAAAAAGCUAUCAAAAUAAGAAUGUGAGCAUUAAUUUAAGAACAACCAAUCAAAACACGCUAAGUCCUGAAGGAUUGUCCAUCAAACUGAUCCAACAAACUAUUGAAGAUUGCACAACAGAUGUUAUUGUAAACAGUGUUGGUUUGAAAGCUCAUCUUAAUUCUAAUGGAGUAAGCAAAGCAUUGUAUCAUCGUGCUGGACCAAGGUUACAGAGUCUAUUAAAUGAACAAAUCCUAGGAAAGCAAGUGUGUGAGGGAUGCAUUUUUAAAACUGAUGCCUGUCAUCUAAAUUGCAGAACGGUUUUACAUGUUGUAACUCCAGACUGGGACCAUGGAAUGGGAUUUUCUGAAAAGAUACUGAGAGACAUUAUUAACGAAUGUCUAACACUGACUGAGCAGAUACAGUUGGCAUCAAUAUCAUUUCCUGCAAUAGGCACAGGAUUUAAAAAGUUUCCAAAGGCACUGGUGGCGGCUAUAAUGUUUGAAGAAGUUUUAGAGUUCAGGAGGAUCAAUAACCCAGCAAAUAUUCAAGAAGUCUACUUUGUUUGUAAUCCAAAUGAUGCAGAGAUGAUCAAGGCAUUUUCAGAUGAACAAGCAAAGCAUCAAGGUGUAAAUGUCACUAAUGAGGGGAACCCUAAGUCAACUUCUGCAAACCACUCUUCUUUUUUUGGAAUAGUUACAACAACAGCUCUAGGAGUGCAUGAAAUGAAAAUUGGGUCAGUUACCUUUCAAGUGAAAACUGGAGACAUAACCAAAGAAGAUAGCGAUGUUAUUGUUAAUUCAUCAAAUGGGGACUUUACUCUGCAGCAAGGUGUUUCCAAGGCUAUAUUACAAGCAGCCGGAGAGAAUGUUGUCUUGGAAUGCAUACUUAAUGGCACCAAUCCUCACCAAGGAUAUAUAAUCACAAGCAGUGGAAAUCUGUCCUGCAAACAUCUCCUCCAUGUGGUGGGACCAACCAAUCCAGCUGAUAUCAAAACCAUUGUGCUGAAUGCCCUGAAUGCCUGUGAGAAACUGCAGGUCACGUCAGUUGCCUUCCCAGCUAUAGGAACAGGUGCGGGUGGGAUUCCUCCUGCUGUUGUGGCUGAUGCAACAAUAGAUGCCAUCAUAGAUUUUGCCAAAACUAAAUCUGUUCAGUCCAUUAAGACAGUGAAGGUGAUAAUUUUCCAGCAACAAAUGCUGAACAACUUCUUCAUGAGCAUGAAACAGAAAGAAGUAAAUACACAGAUAAAGAAGAAAAAAAAGAUCAACAGCUUUAUAUCCUGGAUUAAACCUCAAAAAAAGAGUCGCUCAUCAAAGCUGUCUGCUUUCCAAUUAAUGGCCAAUAUUGAACCAGCAAUUAUUUACAUGUGUGGUGAAAGCAGGGGAAAUGUGAAACUUACAUUUACAUGGCUUCAAAAAUUAAUUCUGGAUGAGCAGACUAAUAUCCCCAUAAGCGAUGAAUUGAUUUCAGAGUUUGAAGAAGAGGAGCUUCAGACAUUACAUAAUCUACAGAAGACGUUUCAAGUUUUCAUUGAGUAUACGCCUCACGAUUCCUCUAUCCAGAUACAUGGUCUUACAAGGGAUGUUCUGGAUGUCUACAAAAACAUACAAGACUUGAUAAAUAAAAAAAGGGAUAAGACAGUUCAGGAACAGGAGGCAAAUCUCUGCAGCAACCUAGUAGAGUGGAGAUACGAGGAUGGGGCCAACUUUAUUCCUUUUGACAAAAUUACAAACCUGAAAUUGGAGGAGGCAGCGGGCACACAAAAAAUAAAUGUUGAUGUUCUUAUUAAAGGAAGUAAAUAUACUGUCAAUAUACAACAGAAAUUGGCUAAAGACAAUAGAGGACACACAGUAAAGAUUGAGCAAAUUUACAAACAUGAAGAAAUUUCCAUGAAGUUGCCAACUCACUGGAAUCCAAUGAACAAUCAGUUUGAAGUGGUAACCCUGAAUCCUGGAUCCCAAGAAUACAAUGAUGUUAAACACCAUUUUUUAUUGACCUUCCUUAUGAAAAUAAUGAAGAUUGAAAGAAUACAAAACCAAUUCCUCUGGCAAAACUACCAGAUUAAAAAGCAGAGCAUGGACAACAAGAACGGAAAUACAAACAAUGAGAAGCAACUUUUUCAUGGGACGGACCCUAAUACAGUAAAACAAGUCAAUCAAAAUGGAUUCAAUCGAAGUUUUGCUGGAAAGAAUGCUGCAGCAUAUGGUAAUGGGACAUAUUUUGCUGUGCAAGCAAGUUAUUCUGCAAAUGAUACCUAUUCUAGACCUGACUCAACAGGACAUAAAUACAUGUACUUAGCACGAGUGCUCACAGGGGAGUCAUGUGCUGGGAGUAACAAAAUGGUCUCGCCUCCACCAAAGAAUGCAAGUGAUCCAACAGACCUGUAUGACAGUUCAAGCGAUAAUCCUUCACACCCUUCAAUAUAUGUGAUAUUCCAUGAUAUACAGGCUUAUCCUGAGUAUUUAAUCACCUUCAUAAAAUAGUAUUUUUCCUUUUUCUAAAGAUUAUUUUCAGUAAUAUCCUUCUCUGAUUUCCAGAGGUGACUCAUAUACAUGUAAUCUUCCUUUGAAAUUGAUCAGUGAAAACAGGUUUGUACUCUUGAAUGAAUUACAAAGUUAAAUGAUUUAGGGGAAAAAGUGUGUGUUAAAGAGAUAAAUGUUUUGUUUUUCUUUCAGAUAACUGUAUUGUUGAAUUUUAAUAUGCUGUACAAAUCCACUGCUACUGUGACCUUAAUUUCUCCAGCCAGCUAUAUAGCAUCUGUGAAAUUGUCACCACCACAAUGGUACAAUGGGCAUAAUGUGGUGGCCACAUUCUACAGCCAUUGUGUCACUUUUCACUCCCCUGUAGUGUUAGCAUAUGUAACCUGAUUUUUGCCCUUUGAGAGAUGCUGGAGAUAAACUCAUUUCAUAAUUAUUAAAAUACCUUAUUUGUAAUCCCUGUAAGGUACCAGUUUUAUGGGAUAUAUUUCAUUAUUUAACUGUUUAUUGUGCUCUUUUAAUUUAUUCUGCAUAUAUAUGGAUUAAAGAUCAGACGAUAACCGCA